CACCACCUGCAUUCAGCAUUGACAGUUAGGUGAGACCCUAAUCACGGAGUGGAAGGUGUAUCCUCGGCGAGGCAUCCACAACUAUGUAACGACAAUUUUACUUUGACCUCUGCUAAACAACUGCCAGUGACAACCCUGUUUGAAUCCUAGAAGCUUGUCUUGUAUUUAUUUUAGUUUGAUGAAUGUUUGGGGCGUUGAACCUUGAUGGGUUGGGCUUUGUGCAGGUGUGUGUGGAGACACUCGCGAUAAACUCGUGUCACACACUGUAAAGCUAAGUGAUGUAUGAUUGGAAUUUUCUAAACUGCCUCCUGCAAAUAUUGCAAAACAGCUCCAACCACAGCAGACACAAAUUAGGUGGAAGAGGCACAUGCUGUACAGCAGCAGCUUCUAUGUUCUGCAUGUUGCAACACCGAUAGUGGCGUCACAAACUUGGCCAGAAGAACUAAUGUCAGCAUUCACCAAGCUGAACACUGACAUCAACUCGCCAUCUGCAGCGUACAUCCUGAAACUAGCCAACCGUCUGUGCAGAGAGCACACGGCCGAAUUCCUCCUGGAAUUCUUGGAAGCCACGCAAAAGUUCUACCAGGCAGAGCUGAAACCGGUUGAUUUUAUCGGAGCUCCAGGGGCAAGCAGAGAAGAGAUCAACAGCUGGCUCAAACAGCAGACGGACAGUGAGAAACGAGAUGCCGUGAACCCGUUCUCCAACAUCCUGAAUCUGUCCUGAGAGCCUUUAAUCUUACCUAGGAAAAGUAGAAAAUAAAGAUCUUCUGAAGCCGGGAAUGGUCAUGCCAAUGACGAGGUUGGCUCUGGUUAAUGCCAUUUAUUUCAAGG